AAUAACAGAUGGCAGUAUAGCAAGUCAUGGUUUUAGCUAUUACGUAGAAUUGAGAUACCAAUCCUUGUGUCUGAUUUUCCGUGGUCAAUAUGAAUAACAAUGGAUGAGAAAAGGCUUGUCGUGUGUGUUUAAACUUAAAUAUCACGAGGAAGUAUUUUAUCAGCUUUGUGAAACUUCCAUCCCAUGGUUCGAUUUAAGAACAGGUAUAUUGUAAUUGAAGUGAAUCCCAUUAACGAGAAUAAUGAUGCUGCUUUGAUAUUGAAACCUGCAAGCCUAUAUUUUUCAAUUACAAAGAAAAUUCAGCAAGUACAUGGAGAUUUUGGGGUUGCUGCAACAAAGACGGGACUUGCAGCCAAAUAUUGCAAUAAAUGGACAAGAGUUGCUGUGGUGCGUGUUCGGCAUGGCGCUCACCGACUUGUGGCCAGUUGUUUGCCGUUAUUGCAGCAGGUCGAAAAUCAAAAUGUCAUAGUGAGGACUUUGUAUACUGGAGCAACUCUGCAGCAUUGUUACAAAUUCAUACAGCAUCAUCAGAGAUCUUACCUGGAAAAGAUAUGGUCAAAAUUGAAAACGGAAGAUGAGAGGAACAUGAUGGAAGCUGCCCUCACAGACUUAAAUUCUCUAGAGUUGUUUGGACAUGCAGAAGUCAGGAAUAAAAAGACGGAGGUCGUGGAAGACAAAUAAUGGAGUUUGCCGAUUUUUCUGAGGUGCUUGCUGCUCCGUUUGGGCAGGCUGUGUAGCUGUUAAACGGCAGUGGAUAAAGGUUGCUUUAUGCAGUAAGUCGGAUACAGUUUCCUACCAACUGAUGGCAGUGGACAUACGUAACUUCAUGCACAACAACUGUCAUGGUCUCGUACGAGCCAGACCAAAGAGGAUGAUGAAGAGAGUGGAGAUUUUGCGAUGGAAGGAAUUUGUUUUUAUCCGUUAGUCAAGAAGUCAUUAGAAGUUACAGUUUUGGAACAAUUUCUAAUUGUGCUAAUAAGGGUUUCAAUGCACAGAACAAUGUUAAACUGAAACAUACCAUUUCAUAAUUCUAAAGAACUUCAGUAUUGCACUACGUGUGAAGAUUAUUCAUCAGUUAACCAAAAUACAUCAUCAGGCAAGCUACAAUAAAGAAAAUAUUCCUUCUGUAUGCAUCUGUUCCCCAGUCCAAGUGACCUCACAACGAAGAAGUGCCCAAACUGGCACAGGUGAGUGAACAGGGUUGUUCAGUAAUUUAACCUGCCUCGACAAGCACAGCAAAUGCGCAUAAAGAUGUCCGAACUAACGCGCAACAAACAGAAUGCAAUAAAAUAAUUCGUCAAAUAACAUAUUCAGUUCAUGCUGUAUAUAUUUUCACUUCAUAUGUCAAAUGAGCAUUGCCGACGUUUCAGAGAUGCUUGCUUCCUGAUGACGUAGGCAGCAAACACGUUUGAAACGUCUACCAGACUACGUGGUGCAACAAGCUAGAAGACAGACAUGUUAGUACUCGCUGCCGUGAGAGCCCGAAAUCUCUUUUUAUUGUUAUUGUCCGCUCGGUAGUAAGUUUAGUUACCACAGUGACGUAAGUUGGCCGAUAUGCCGUGAAUUUGAAGCAGGGAUCGCAGGCGCAGAAAUUGCCAGUGAUAAUAUCAUACUCCGAAUUGCAUGCCACGAAGUUGUCCCCUUGGACUUCGGGUGAAGUAACUGCCUGUAGCAGUUCGAUACACCGGAUUGCCUGUGAAUGUCCGGCAGACGGACCAGUCUUGCAUGGUUGGUUACGCGCCGCUGAGUGAACGCGCUACAUCCCCUUCACUUGUUUCGUCAGCGAUAAUGUGUACAGUGCGUACUUACAAGUGUCUGCUCAAAAACCACGCGUGGCAUGAAUCCGUCACAGUGACAGGUGGGUCUUUGUGUUCAAAGUGCUUACACCGAAAUUCCAUUCUGCGUAGUGCAAAGGUGCAUUUGAAGUGCGAUAUUUUCAAGGGCGGAAGGGAAGAUCUCACUUGGCAGAUCUUAUCGUAAGUAUGAAGACAAAGUUGAAGCAUUCGGGGAGUGAAGGCGUGGACUGGAUUCAACUGCCUGAUGGCAGAGUUGAGUGACGGAUUUUAUGAACGCGGUAAUGAACGUAAUUGUAAAUAGUGUUGUCUACAUAACCUUUUAU